UGUCUGGGCAACAGCGAGGGUCGUGGAUGGUGGGAGGAGGGACAGAAGCAAAAGAAAGGACAGAAAAUAGAACGGAGGGACUGAUGGAAGCGGGAGAAGGGACCGCUGAAAAGGCGGUAGAGGGACAGACAGACACGGCUAGAAACGUAGCGGGCUAGAGGCUAGCUGUAGAAAGCGUUACCUCCUGCAUGGCAGCAGAGAAGUUACCACAAAGUAAAGACAAAUACAAGCAAUGAUGACACUGCAGGAACCUGCUCUGUGGUGAAAACUGGAAUUUUAUUGGAGUUUAGCAGGACAGAAGACCACCCCAUCGGAGGAAGCCUGUGACAAGACAGAGGGCACAGAGGAGCCAUGUCCACCACCACCUCUCAGCAACUGCCAAAGGAGGACGAGGAGGAAGAUGAGGAGCAAGGGGAGGAGUUUGUGUUUGAUGACAGCGAAGACGAGGAGAAGCCUCAGGAGGACGGCGAAGGGGUCGUGCAAUCAAACUCAAAACCAGUGUCACAAGCUGUGCAAGAUGUCACACAACAGGGAAUAUGUCCCCACAAGGAAGCAUCCAUUUCCACUGAAGAUGUUCCAGUUGGCGAGUCAGCCAGCAGGCCCUCUGAAGCAGCCCAGUUCAAUGCCUCAGCUCUGCAUGAGGGGGAGGAGCUUCCAUCACGUUCUGUGGCGCUAUCGGUGGUGGCGGCGGGGGCUGACUUGGGAGACUGCAACAGGGAAACUGUGAAGGAAAGCUCAGACGUCCCUGAAGCAUCACCUGAUUUUGAAGCCAACUCCAGGACGGAAGACUCCUUAGAGGUAAUCUACGAUGACGUCCCCUGUGAGGAGCCCCUCUCCCCUGAUGAAGACACGCUCUAUGAGGACGUCCAGAGGGACUGUGGACCUCCUGUUGCAGGCAACGGGUGGAGCUCCAGUGAGUUUGAGAGCUACGACGAGCAAUCGGAUGGCGAGACCAAAGUGCCAACACGCAGCAAGCUCUCUCCUGAAGUAAGGCGACUGAGGGAGCGCUGCGUCAAGACCAAACGUGAACUGGCCAUGAAGCUGUCUGGGAAGCACAACUAUGACGUCAAGGUGCAGCAGCUCAUGAAGGCGGCGAGAACCGGCACCAAGGAUGGGCUUGAAAAGACCAGAAUAGCCGUCAUGCGUAAAGUUUCCUUCCUUCACCGGAAAGACACUAUCGAAGAGGAGGACGACGCAGGGUACCUGGAUGUGGCCAUGUCAGAUGUGAAGCAUCCCCCACCGCAGCUGAGCGCCAUGCCGGAGGGGCUGACCAGCCACCAGGUUGUCAGGCGCCACAUCCUUGGCUCCAUCAUCCAGAGCGAGCACAGCUAUCUGGAGUCUCUCCGGAGGAUCCUGCAGGAAUACCACAGACCGUUGCUGGAGGCCGAUCCUCGCAUCCUGAGUUCGCGGAAGAUCCGGCUCAUUUUCUACAGAAUCCGGGAGAUCACGCAGUGCCACUCCAUGUUUCAGAUUGCACUGGCGUCACGCGUGGCCGAAUGGGAUAGUUGUGAGAAAAUUGGGGACCUGUUCGUCGCCUCGUUCUCCAAGUCCAUGGUGCUGGAUGUGUACAGUGACUAUGUGAACAACUUCACCAAUGCCAUGGCUCUCAUUAAAAAGGCCUGCCUAUCCAAACCGGCCUUUCUGGAAUUCCUAAAGAAGAAGCAGGCGUCCAGCGUGGACCGCAUCACUCUCUACGGCCUGAUGGUGAAGCCCAUUCAGCGAUUUCCUCAGUUCAUACUGCUCCUCCAGGACAUGCUCAAAAACACACCUAAGGGCCACGUGGACCGCCUACCUCUGCAGCUCGCCCUUACCGAGCUGGAGACAUUGGCUGAGAAGCUCAACGAGCAGAAGCGAGUUGCCGACCAGAUUGCAGAGACGCAGCAGCUUGCCCGCAGCGUCAGCGAUCGCCUGCUCAGUAAGCAACUGAACCUGGAGCAGGGGUCACUGGUCCAAUGCGAGACGCUUAUCGAGACUGUGUACGGCGAGCGAGGACAAGUCCUCAAAUCCAAGGAACGCAAGGUCUUCCUCUUUGAUGACGUCUUAAUCUGUGCCAACAUAAAUGUCAAGGGGUCCCCAGAUAUCAGCAGCCUGGUCCCAGUCGGGCCUAAGUACACCAUGAAGUGGAGCGCUCCCUUGCAGCAGGUGCAGGUAGUGGAAGUGGGUCAGGAGGCCUGCCAGAGCAAAGAUGCCGUCUUCCAGCAGAGUGGUGCCAAGCGGCAAGGCAUCACCCACGCCUCAGGUAAAUCCAUUCUGGGUCCUCCGCGGCUCUACCAAGAACUGCAAGAACUACAGCAUGACCUUUGUGUGGUGGAAGAUGUGACGCUGCUGGUGGGAACACUGCAGGGAACGUACCAGAACCUGAACACCACGGUAGCCCAGGACUGGUGUUUGGCUCUGCAGAGGCUUAUUCGUAUCAAAGAGGAGCAGAUCCAGAGUGCCAACAAGUGCCGCUUACGCCUGCAGGUGCCCGGCAGGCCAGACAAGUCCGGCCGUCCUGUCAGCUUCAUGGUCGUCUUCAACACUCCCAACCCCCUCAGCAAGAUCUCCUGGGUCAACCGGAUGCACUUGGCCAAGAUUGCACAACGGGAGGAAAAUUCGCCAGGCUGGCUGUAUGGCGAGCAUGAGGGAAAGACCAUGGCCCCCUUUUGGUGUCCGCUGCUGGCCUGUCACAUGCCUGUUUUUGCUACCAAGUUCCCUGAAAGAAAGCUUGAAGCUGCCAUCCACAAUCCUGUUCACUGCGCAGUGUUGGGCUUCUCGGCAGCCAGCACCUCCUUACCUCAAGGCUUUCUCUGGGUGGCUGGUGGUGGCGAAGCCUCUCAGGGCCAAAUAGAGAUAUUCUCCCUCAACAGACCUGUGCCGAGGGCGGUCAAGAGCCUGCAAAUAAGCGCCGCCAUCCGGUGUCUAGAAUAUGUGCCGGAAUCUUCUUCGACUGAGGAAGCAGAUCCUGGAGAUCACAAGGCCACACCGGGAAACUGCGCCAACAUCUGUGUCGGGUUAGAUGAUGGACGAAUUUUGGUCUACGGCAGCGUGGACACUGCGGCUCAGUGCCUCCUGACCCUUAGUAAUCCUGAGGGUUGCCCCGUCCUGUGCCUGAAACACUCGCCUUGCUUCCUCUUCGCUGGCCUCCGCAAUGGAACCAUGAUGGUUUAUGGGAGAAAAGACGGUGAUGAUCUUUGGGACCUGGACUCCUGCAGAAGUGUGAAGUUGGGUUCAGAGCCGGUGCGGACGCUGUUGGUACUGGACGACUUGGUGUGGGCGAGCUGUGGGAACUCAGUCACGGUGGUUGACGUUGCCAGUCUCAGCACUCAGACAUUUGAGGUCCACCCUGACCCGAUGGUGAGCGUCACACACGUGGCGUGUGCCGGCGGAGGCGUGUGGAUGGCGUUCUCUGAGGGCUCCUCCAUUCGUCUCUUUCACACGGAGACAUUGGAGUUACUGCAGGAAAUAAACAUCUCGACGCGCUCCACGAUGCUCAACAUGGGCCAAGAGAGCAUGCGAGUCACCAGUCUGCUCAUCUGUCAAGGACUGCUGUGGGUCGGUACCGCCCAAGGCUUAAUUAUCACUCUGCCAGUUCCCAAAUUGGAAGGAAUCCCCAAGAUUACAGGAAAGGGAAUGAUCUCCCUAAACGGCCACUGCGGGCCCGUGGACUUCCUGGCUGCCACCAUCAGCACCUUGUCUCCCGACCUACUGAAGAGGGACUCGAUUGGGGAUGGGCCUGACUCGGCCUGCGGAGGCGAGGAACACAGUGACACCUCCUCUCAGGAGUCCCUGCAGCAGUCCAGCUCCCAGCCAGGCGAGGGGCGGGGCAAAGGGCGGGGCGUCCUCCUGCGCUACAAACUGCGCUCCACGUCGGGGCUGCCCGGGCGACCGCUGACAGCACUCGGAGAUGAGGCGUCCGACUCGUCCUUGGAGUCUUUGGAACACAGCGUGGAAGAUGGCUCCAUAUACGAGCUCAGCGACGACCCUGAGAUGUGGGUGCGGGGGCGUCCCUCCGAGAAGGAUGGGAGGAGCAAGGACAGAGUGGUCUCUGCUGCCAUUAUCUCUGGAGGUAAAGGCUUUCGGAGGCUAAGAGAAGGAGCGCCCGUGGGUGCUCGGGCAAGUGGGGAGGCUGUAGAAAACGUUCUUCUGGUGUGGCAGCUCCCACUGACUGUGUAGUUUGGAACGUAAAGAGCAGGGACUUGAGUAUUUAUAACAACCUAGCUUGACCUAACUUGAGUUCCACUUGCUUAAAGGCUGUUUGAGGAUGUAAGCUGAGUGUCCACUCUACCACGUUGUCCAUCUCAGGCGGAAUGGUGGGAGAAAUCGUUGGGACAUAGAUGAAAGACAGAUGCAUCACCUCACAGUGUUUCUGCCUCGACUGGCAGCAAAGCAGCCAAAUAGGAAGACAGCAUGUAAUGACGUGAGCAUCACCGCGUCCACACACAGCAGAUACUAUCAGUGCCCAACACAGAGAACAUUUCUACUGCAAUGUGAGGUGGACGCACGCUGAUGAUGUGUUCACAGACUCCUUGUUUUGUUUGACAGUUGACAAACAGCUUGAAAAGCACAUUACCACCCCCUGCAGGACUGGAGUGGAGCAGUACCAACCGGAAUGUACCGCCUGGGCGCUCAAGUCGCUAGCUUGGACUUUCCCUCAUGCACUUUGAUUUUAACCAACAACAAGUGUAUAUUUCAAUUGUACAGUGUGUGCUCAACAUCUUACGCUCAAACCCUCAGUCAAAUGGCUACUGCGGUACUGUCCGACUCGGCAACGGCGUGUUGUCGGGGUCGUCCUCCUGCCCUUAAAAUGCCUCACCUCAUUGUGGCCGUGCACGCCUUUGUUGAACGCAAAGUCCAAGAUGGACGUCUUUCGUGUGGUCAGCUGACAGUCUGUGGACGACCUCACGAUGCACGUUAGUUUCACUUCAUUAGCGCCGGCAGCCUCUCAUUCGUCCUGCUCAAUGUGAACGUCUCAAGAUGGACAAUGUGCUCGUCCGUCUGCAGGAGCCAGAAGCUCCGCUUGCACGAUGAAGGACGAUGAAACAAACAGCAAUAACUUUCUUGCACAUUUUUUAAAUACUAAUGUUUUUUUUAACACAUCUAAUAGGAAGAUUUUAUACGCUGCGGCAAGUGCUUCUUUUUAUUGUCUGUCUAAUAAAUAAUAAACAGGAUUAAGGCAAUAGUGAAAAGGAAAUACACUCACCAAAUAUAUAAACACUUGUGUUUUUGCGCCCAUCUGUCAAGUUGCAGCAUGACAAUGCAAGGAAAUGUGCACAAUUCCUGGAAGCUGAAAACAUCCCAUUUCUUGCAUGGCCAGUGUACUCACUGUUUGGGAUGUUCUGGUUUCGUUUAUACGGUAUGGUGGUCACAUCCGAUACCGACUGGUUUGUCACAAUACAGUAAAAUUGCACAUUUGGGGUGACCUUUUAUUGUGGCCAGCCAAAGGCACACCUGUGCAGUAAUCCUGCUGUCUCAUGAGCAUCUUGAUAUGCCGCACCUGUGGCUAGAUUAUGAAUUAUGUACGAUGAAUGCUCACCAACACAGGUUUAGACAGAUUUGUACGAAACAUUUGAAAGCGAUAGGCCUUUUGCGGACAUGGAAACUGUUUUACAUCGGAAUUCAGCUCAUGAAAGAUGGGGGGCAAAAGUGUUGUGUUUAUAUUUUGUUGAGAGUAAAUAAUAAGAAUGUCUUGUUUUUUUCAAGUCAAAAAGUAAGCAUUUUGUUACAAUUUUACAAGAAUCCCCCCUUUUGUGUUUGGGUUUUUUUGUGUACGAUCCAAUUCAGCGAUGGAAGGUUGCUAGAGGGAGUGUUGCGUGUAAGUCCUGUGGGAAUUUUGACUAUUGCUUGUUAAAAAGCUCAACUUUAUUCUUUGAAUGUUGUUACUUUUGAAUGGAAAAACAUACAAAUAUGACUUUUACUUGCAAAAUUCCUACUUUAUUUUCAAAAGAUUAGGAUUUUUUUUCUUGGAAAAAAUAAGACGUUUUUUCUCCUUAAUAUUUUGAGUUAAUCCUUGCAAUAGCACGAGUUUCAUGUAGAAGAGUUCUGAUUUUCACUAGGGGUGUCACAAGAUCUCAUUUCACGAGAUCUUGUGAGGUUAAAACCUGACAAGAUUGCUCGUUCAGGAAAAAUAAAAAAUUUGCCAGCCUCGAUAUACUGCCAUGUUCAUGCGCGUCUGUUUUUUACUUGUCUCUUGCCUCCAAACAGGCAGGGAGAGGGUUCACUCUGUGCAUUGGUUUCAGCACCUUGGCACGUUUGUUCCAUAGAACGACGGCAUGAACGGAGUGAGCUUUUUUGUCAGUCAUACAGUCGCUUCGUCUUGGUGGGUGGAGGCAGGGCCGGUAGCAUACACACGGUGCAGAAGAGUGUAAGAUAGUAGAAAUGAAAUUAGUAGAUUGCAUAUACUGUCAUAUUAUUAUCGUUCUCAUGGACCCAAUCUCGUGUAUCGUCUCAUCUCAUGAGCAGCCUUGUGACACCCCUAGCAGUCACCCCUGAACAGUCUGGUCUGAUUGGUUGUGCUCCUCGUUCUCAAAACAGCCUCAAACCUGCAGGAAUGGCGCAAAACAGAUAAUUGGGACAGAAUUUGGCACAAAAAACUAUGACCGCUUUAGGCUGCUAGAGUCAUGUGAUAAUGUGGAGAGCAUUUUCUUUGCAUAUACAAUAUGGUUCCCUUUGCGUUGUAGAUAAAAGGCCACAAGUGAGUAUUUUCAAAGGUUAACCUCUGAUUUGUUUUGAUUUUCAAUCAAUUUCCCAUCAGAAAACAAUGGAAUUAAAUAAUAAAUUAUGCGUUCCAGGGUCAGACUGUCAUCAUUAUAAAACCUUUAUGAACUGUACAGGCAAUGUUUUUUAUUUAAUUGUAAUUUGAACAUUUUAACUGUAAUACAAGUGUAAAAAGAAGUUAACCACUGUAAUAUUAAAAACAACGAUCAGUGCGAUGAGCUAAAUGAGUCGCUUCACAACAUCACAAUCCCCAUUAUUGAAGUUGGUCCCUUCUUGGUGUAAGGGUUGCAAAAAAAUCCAAAGAAAAAGCAAAACAAGCACUCUCCAGUGACGCACGGCAGCAAGUUGUCAUAAUUGUGGGUGGUGUCUUGACUGGAUAUAUGUUAAAAUUCUAAUACCUGGUAUAAUUCAUCAAAUCAAAAAUGUAAAAAAAAAUGAGGUCGCUGGCAACUUUGCUGCUAAUCACGUGUCUGCAAGUCAGAAUAAAUCUCGUGUGAUUUCCAGCUGAGCAACUAACGGUGAAGGUUACGUGGCUCAGUUUGUGCGCCUGGAGUCUUUACUUAACCUUCCUGCCAGGCGAUGAUUCUGCCCUUAUCCUUUCAUCAUCCGUCUAUCUGCAGGAAUUAUUCCACCAAAGGAAGACGAUGUAAAGCCGCCUCGCCGGCUGUCAUCUAAAUGUAAAUGUAUGUGUCGCAUAUACGAAAGGUAUACGCAUAUUUCUUUGUGGCGACACCCUGGCGGUCAGUGUGGUCUCUGUUUGUAUUCCUGUUGAUGAAAUAUACAUGAUUCCAACAAAAAGGAACACUAUUCCCAAGCCCUGCGCUUAUCCCGUCCGUGGACAUGUGUGCUUUCACCUCUUUUAUUUGCCUCGUGUGUGACCCAUACAAAUAACAACGACCUACUAACUGAUGCCGUUACUGCACUCGUGUCAUUAAAGCAAUAUUCUUUCAAGCAAAGUGUUGCAACUGUGAUUUCUUUUUCAAAAGAGGCACAUUUUUUAUUCGUUUUUCAUAGUCACAUUUUUACUGCUAAGUGGAUUUAUUUUUGCACUUUUUCCUCGAUUGUUCCCGCGCGUUACAAAAGCAACGUUAAAAGAUGCUUACCAGCGAGGUCUGCUCAAAUUAUUACGACACAAGCGGCACUGCUUUAUUGCCAUCAUAAUUAACUUAUUGUUUUCCUCGCAAUUACCGUGGCUUGUUAACAUGAUACGACUUUUUCUUGCAAUUUAAGACUUUUAAGCAUGGCCAAGGCUCCGAGACUCCAUUUCUUAAAUGAGCUUUGCAUUUUUUUCAUUCUGUCUUAAUAAAUCCCUUCGUAGAGUGUACCAAGCGCCUCACCUUAAAUAAACACCUGCUUUUUUUUCUCAAGAAAAAAACCAACAUAUAUUUUCCUUUCUUCAGGUUUCUUGCUGGCUAAAUGUUUAUUAUUAUUUAUGGAAACGUGUGUGGUUGGAACCCUUUAAAAAAAUAUAUACCUGCCUUUUAAAGAGAAGCUCAAUCAUCACAAUAAGUUGCCAUUUGUAUGUAUAUAAUACUAUAUUUGUACGUUAAAAUAAAAAGCAGAUAUUUGAAUACACUACAUGUUAUUUUAAUACAUUUUUUGUGGGGGAAAAAAAGUCACUGAAUUAAAUGAAAAGAAACCCAGGAGUCCGUUAAAUAAACUCCAGUAUAUUUUUUUUACAUUUUCUAUAUGAAGUCAAAGCACUUUGUGUGUAUUUCCCAAAAUAUUAGGUACAACAGUUGCUUGCAUUUACACAUCUUCGUAAUUGUGUAGGCGCUCCCUACUGAUGUGGAGGACGAACUGCUACCAGGUGAACAUACGUAGUCCUUGACCUUUAACGUUAUUUCAGUCGUAGUUCUACAAAAUGUACAUUGAGCUGUCCAGCGGCAACCAUCCCCUUUUCCCCAAGAAGCGCCCGUAUUUUGCCCUCCUUUCCCAUCACCCUUUCAUUUAAAGUCUUCUGUAAAUUCCUUGUAUUUGAACUUUUAUAAAAACAACUGCAGGUGACAAUAGUGACGGUAUCCACACUUGAGCAACAGCAAUCUGCGAGGAUGAUAGUGUAGCGAAUUGGCAGUAGAUAGUCAAGUCUUUCCACUCUCGAAUAAAAUGAAGGAAUUCCCCGCCUUAUUUUCCAGAGAUCCUUCCAUCCAAUCCUUCCAUAGGGUCUCUGGGGUAUGCUGGAGCCUAUCCCAGCUGACUUCGGGGGAGAGGCGGAGUACACCCUAGACUGGUCGCCGGCCAAUCGCAGGGCACAAACAAUCAUUCACACUCUGGACAAUUACGAGUCGCCAGUUAACAUGCGGAGUACCCGGCGAAAACCCGCAAACUCCACACAGAGAUGCCCAAGGGUGUUUCCAACCCAGGUCCUGAUCUCCUGACUGUGUGGCCAACAUGCCAACCACUCGGCCACCGUGCGGCCCAUUUUCCAGAAAUGUUCCCUUAUUUUCAAAUGCAAAUGUUGAUAAGUGGCUUUGGUGAUUUGCUGACACUAAAGGUGCAUAC